UUAAAUAAGCAAAACGGUCAACAAUAUUUACUGGGAACCUUAUAUUUUUCUUUGAACCAAAGUACAAAGUUUUUAAAAUGGUAUUCAUUCUGUUCCUUGGUCUGGUCCUUGGGAUAAUAAUAGUGCUGGUGGUCUUGGUGCUGAAGCUACUGGGACUAAAACCUCCAUUAAUUUUCGAUAAAUACCCACUGAAAGGUAUUUUUUAUCGCGUUAAGUUCUGGCUCGCGUUAUUGAUCCUUCGACACCUGAGAUAUCGUAUAUAUGAAAGGAAUGAGGAGCUACUAGGCUCAACGGAACAUCUGGCUAAGAUCGACAGACCCCAAGAGCUCAGCAAUGAUCCAAAAAGCUACGACGUGGUCAGCUUUAUGGCUGCCAAUAAUAAGGGUCAGAAACUGAUGGUUACAUUGGAGAGAAGAAGGCGGGGAGUUCUAAAAGCUGCCUUGUACCUAUGGCUUCCAGAAAGGGGCUUGCUAAGCUCCCCAAAUCUGCCCGAUAUGAUUUAUUUUACCACUAAAAACGGAGAGGAGAGCAGCGAGUUUCAAGGUGGAGGCUUCCAUGUUUAUCCGGAGGAAUCAAUGAAAGUUUGGCGGAUUACAUACAAAGGUGUGCUGAAGUGUCAAGUAGGAGAGGUGGUGGACAAAAUUCCAGUUGACUUGGACCUUCGCUUCAACAGCUCCUCCGCAGAACACUUUGAUUAUAACAGGGACCUUAGUUCCUCUUUAAUAGCUGACUCUGUAGCCAGAGAGGCCUGGAAUGAAAAGUUCUACAGCCUGAUUCGAGGGGUCAAUCACAUUGUGGAAAAGCGAGCCCACUAUGAGCAGAAUGGAGAACUGUCGGGAAAAGUUAUCCUCGAGGGCAACGAUCUUUUGCUAAAAAUGCCUGCUCUUCGGGAUCACAGCUUCGGAACAGAACGCUGUCUGAGCUCCAUCCACCGAUAUGUGUACUUUGCCUUGUUCCUGGAGGAUGGCACCAGCUUGGUGGUAGGAAAUCUCAGCCAGCCCUCCUUUUUCCUCUCUUCCCUAAAGGUUGGCUACGUUUGUACUCCUUCGGGAAAAUAUCAACCGCUGACCUGGAGCAAUUUCGAGCUUUACUCCUACGGCGAAAAGGGAAUUCCACCGCAGCAUCAGAAUUUUAUCGUACACACCGAGGACAAGGAGUAUCUUAUCCAGAUUCAAGUGGAGGGAUCAGCUUUGCGUUAUGUUGGCGGAGAUUGGGAGUCCAAAGUGUUCAACCAGUUCGUGUCCUGUGUGGUUAACGGAGUUUCCGGUCAAGGUCACGCCGAGUUCCUGUAUAGCCACAAAGAAGGCAGGCCGGAAGAUGUAUCCUCUAAGGACCCAAGCUGGUACCAGAACAUCAAGCGUUUCGAAAGGAACCUGACUUCGCUGGAGGAGGAGGACAGGGAAUUUAUAUUUUAGUGUUUUUUUUUUUUGGUGUCAUACGUAUAUUACAAGAAUAAAGACUACGACUUUUUAGUAAACUGUCAA